CAAGCCAAUGUUGUCUCACAUACUAAAAUUAAUGCGAAGAACCGUCGAAAUCCUCUGGUGCUCGUUUUGAAAUAUUUUAAUGGAUUGUCCAUUACAUAAUUUUCCUUGUCACGACAAAAGUGUGUCGGUAACGAGUUAAGGGAAUGUCCUGCAACACGUGCCAAGCGAAAUUUUCGUUCUUCACGAAAGACGUAAGGGUCAAUUGCGCCGAAAUCGGUUGCCCGGGCUGCGGCUACUCUUGCUGCGGCAAAUGCCUCAAGUACAAAUGCGACAUUCCUGAUGUAGGCAGAAGGAAAGUUUGCGGACGUUGUUACGCCAAGUCGAGCAGCAUGAAGAAAUCGAGCUCCACCGAUGACGCCGCCGGGGACGACGCUCCGACGCCUGACGCGUACAAGGAACCGCUUGCGCCGAUCGACAUCACUAUGAAGCUGGACUCGUUGGAGAACCCAGUGAAGGUUCCGAUAGUCAUAUACAAACAUACGAAUCGCUGGGACAAGCUCAAGACGGGAUUAGAGCCGGCCGAUCAACAGAUCGUGGACAGACUACGGAAGCUGAAAGACGGGGAACGGAACAUUCCAUUGCCCACGUUCGAUGAGAUAGAGCAGAGACUGGCAUUGUUGAAGGAUCAGAAUCCAGAGGCGGGUGGAGGCAACGUCAUAGAUAUACAUCGGGUGGAUACCAGGACGGAUCAGGAGAAGGCGGACGAUUUGGUUCAGGAGUACUUGGCGCAAGUAGAGCUGCCUUCGACCAGCAAUCUUUGCAAAGAUAUUCAGGGGAGGCUCGACUCCUUACGGGAUAACGGCGGUGAAACUCGUUUCGAUCAAGGCCUGAAGGAGAUUGAUAUUUACAAGCAGCUAUAUGAGACUACAAACGACGCGGAGUUGGUCAACAAGGUCUCGGCAAUGGAAAUAGAGACUCCUCCAAACGCGGAAGAUAAGGAUGGAGACGAGAACGAGGAUGAAGGUGGGAGCGAAAACGAGUGCGUCGUGUGUUCGCGGACUGCGAACGAAUCGGAUCUGUAUAGGUGCACGGGUUGUACGGGCGAUCUCUACUGUCCCCCGUGCUUCGAGAGUUCCCACGACGAAAGAGAAAUGUUGGACAAGCAUAAGGCAGUUCGCUUUAUCAAGGAAGAUAAGAGAGAUAAUUUGUCUUCUGCAAAGAUGAGCCUUAUACGGAAACUAUUAACGUCAGACAAUAAGAGGACCAAUCACUGAUAGUCCAUCACUGCAUUAUACGAAAACAUUCUUCGGAUGCGGUUUCGCAUAUGCCGAUUUAUCGCGUUAAUUCUGCUAUCAUUGGAUCUUGUGCGCACGUGAGACUAAAAUUGAAAAAAAACUCUUCUAACAAACGUACAAAAUAAUUUAAACGUUUCUCCGUUCGCUUGACGCAGGCGACUCUUUCAGUAUCUGGGAAUUGGAAUUACGCUUUACCGUUCGCUUUUGGCUGUGUCAUUUUGUAGUUGCGGUUAUUCUUAUUCAUUCGUUAGUUUUAUUAUAACUUUCCUGUUUUUAAUAUUAUAUACAAAAGAGAGAGAUAUAUUAAUGCACGCUCGUGUACGAGUGCAGUCCCAGAUGACAUCGCGUAUACGCUUAUCGUAAGAACGUCGUUCUUUACAAUUCUUCAGAAUAAAGUUAUUUUGGCUAGUUA